AUGGACCCGCGGAGCGGCUUCUGCCCGGCGACGAGGACGUUCCGGAGCCUGCGCCUGCCGAUCGCGCUCCCGCCGGAGGACGCGCCCGUCUCCUUCCCGUCCUUCGCCCUGUCCCGCCUCCCCUCCCCGCUCCCGGCGCACCCGGCCAUGGUCGACGCGUCCACCGGCGCCGCGCUCUCGUUCGCGGCGCUGCUCGCCCGCGUCCGCUCCCUCGCCGCCGCGAUGCGCGGCGCGCUCGGCGUCGCCAGGGGCGACGUCGCUCUCGUCCUCGCGCCUCCCAGCCUGGACGUCCCCGUGGUGUACCUCGCUGUGCUGUCCCUCGGCGCCAUCGUCUCGACGCUCAGCCCGCUAUCCACGGCCGCCGACGUCGCCCGCGCCGUCGGCCUGUGCAGCCCGUCCGUCCUCUUCGCCACCGCCGCCACCGUAAGCAAGGUCCCCGUGGGCCGGACGAAGCUGCUGACCGUCGUUCUGCUCGACUCGCCGCAGUUCGAGUCCUUCCUCCACGAACACGAGCCGGCGGAGGCGGACGGGCCACCGCCGGUCCAGAUGCGGCAGUCCGACGUGGCGGCGAUCUGCUACUCGUCGGGGACGACGGGGCGGACGAAGGCGGUGGCGCAGUCCCACCGGCGCCUCAUCGCGUCGUCGCUGCAGGUCCCCUCGGCGCGGCCGCGGGCGCCCGGCGGGCCCGUGGUGACGCUCCUGGGCGUGCCCAUGUUCCAUUCGUACGGCUUCCACAUGCUGAUGCGCGGGGUCGCGGCGGCCGAGACGACGGUCGUGGUCACCGCGCCCCGGGGCGGCGCGGCGGCCGUGCUGGCCGCGGGCGCGAGGUGCCGGGCCACGCAGAUGUUCGUGGCGCCGCCGGUGGUGGUGGCCAUGGCGCGGGGAGGCGGCGGCGGCCCGGAGGGGUUCCCGGACCUCGUCCGGGUCGACUGCGGCGGCGCGCCGCUGAGCAGCGCCGCGGCGUCGGCGUUCCAGGAGAGGUUCCCCGGCGUCGAGCUGUCGUUGGCAUUAGGAUCAACUGAGGGUGGCGUGACAUCAAAAAUGGUUGGUCAUCAGGAAUGUCGUCGGAUAAAAUCAACAGGGCGACUAUGUAGUGGCGUUGAAGCCAAAGUUGUUGACAUUAUUAGUGGUGCACUGUUAUCAAUCUAUAAGCAAGGGGAAUUAUGCAUUCGAAGCCCUAGUGUCAUGCUAGGAUAUGUUGGAGGUAACGAGACAAGAAUAUCUGCAUUUGACUCUGAUGGCUGGCUUAAAACUGGUGACCUAUGCUAUUUUGAUGAAGAUGGCUUCCUUUACGUAGUUGAUAGACUAAAGGAUAUCAUUAAGUACAAAGCAUAUCAGGUUGCACCAGCAGAGUUAGAGGAUGUGCUACAUUUGAUUCCAGGGAUAUGUGAUGCUGCAGUUAUCCCAUACCCGGAUGAAGUAGGACAAUUGCCAAUGGCAUUUGUCGUAAGACAAAAUGGGAGCAAUAACCUCACAGAAGACCAAAUAAUCGAUUUCAUUGCAAAGCAGGUUGCCCCUUACAAGAAGAUACGCAAAGUUGUUUUUGUUGAUUCAAUACCACGGUUGCCAUCUGGCAAGUUGCUGAGGCGCGAGCUUCCUAGCCCGUCAUGCCAUGUCCAAGAUUAUUUUCUCCGCCUCUGA